UCUCAUCUCACCCAUUUAUUUUCUCUUUUCUCUUAAUUUUCGUUUUUUAAAUCCAGGAAAAAAAUGCUAAAAUCCAAUAAAGGUCGAAACCCGAAUUUUAAUUCCGUACCAUGAUCAGAUUCUAGCCCUGGAUUUUCGUUCUGUACACUCCAAAAACCAAAAAAUGAAGAGAGAUCAUCAGGAAAUCUGUGGAGCCGCCGGUGGCGGCUGUUAUGGCAGUAGCAGUGGCUCAAAGGGUGAGAGCUCAAGCACUAACAAAGGGAAAUUAUGGGGAGAAGAUCAAGAUGCCGGCGACGUUGACGAGCUAUUGGCCGUUCUGGGUUACAGAGUUCGGACUUCAGACAUGGCGGAUGUGGCUAAAAAAUUGGAACAAUUGGAGAUGGUUAUGGUAACUGCUCAAGAAGGUGGGAUUUCACAUCCUGCUUCCGAUACCGUUCAUUACAAUCCGUCCGAUCUUUCAAGCUGGGUUCAAAGCAUGUUGACCGAGUUUAACAAUCCUCCAAUACCAAAUCUAAAUCCUAUUUUCCCUUAUUCGUAUUCCAAUUCUUCACAGCCACGGCAACAACAAAUUGUCGGCAGCAAUCAAUGCCAAGUUUAUAACGAUGAUUCCGAGUACGAUCUGAGGGCAAUUCCCGGAGUUGCUGCUUACCCACAACCAAAACGAAUCAAAACUUCGGGAAAUGACUCAUCUUCUUCACCAACUGAGUCAUCAACUCGGCCUGUCGUCUUGGUUGACUUACAGGAAGCUGGGGUUCGACUGGUUCACACCUUGAUGGCUUGUGCUGAAGCUGUCCAACGAGACAAUCUCAAGCUGGCUGAUGCUUUAGUGAAACAUAUAGGUUUACUCGCCGCGUCUCAAACUGGGGCCAUGAGUAAAGUGGCUACGUCUUUUGCUGAAGCCUUAGCUCGUCGGAUAUACGGCAUUUACCCACAAGACUUGCUUCACCCUUCCUACAUCGAUGUGCUGCAGAUGCACUUUUACGAAACUUGCCCUUACUUGAAAUUCGCUCAUUUUACAGCCAAUCAAGCUAUACUGGAAGCUUUUGCAACGUCCAACAAAGUUCACGUUAUUGAUUUCGGGUUAAAACAGGGGAUGCAAUGGCCGGCUUUAAUGCAAGCUCUAGCAUUAAGGCCUGAUGGCCCGCCUGCUUUCCGAUUGACGGGUAUUGGCCCACCUCAGCCAGAUAAUACCGAUUCUUUGCAGCAAGUGGGUUGGAAGUUAGCUCAGUUGGCUGAAACUAUCGGCGUCGAGUUUGAGUUUAGGGGAUUCAUGGCCAAUAGUUUGGCUGAUCUUGAGCCCGAUAUGCUCGGUAUACGUCCUCCAGAGGUUGAGACACUGGCGGUGAAUUCCAUUUUCGAACUUCACCGCCUGUUUGCUCAACCUGGCGGGAUCGAAAAGGUUCUUUGUUCUAUCAAAACCAUGAAGCCCAAGAUACUCACAAUUGUAGAAGAAGAAGCGAAUCAUAACAGUCCUGUUUUUGUAGACCGGUUUAAUGAAGCUCUGCAUUACUAUUCCAGCCUUUUUGACUCGUUAGAAGGCUCGGGGGUGGCAACACCGGGUCAGGACCUUGUUACGUCCGAAUUGUAUCUGGGAAGACAGAUUUGUAACGUGGUUGCUUGUGAAGGGGUAGACCGAGUUGAACGACACGAGACACUGGCUCAGUGGAGGACUCGGAUGGAAACAUCUGGGUUUAGCCCAGUUCACUUGGGUUCAAAUGCUUACAAGCAAGCUAGCAUACUGUUGGCUCUGUUUGCCGGUGGUGAUGGGUACAGAGUGGAGGAGAAUGCUGGGUGUUUAAUGCUUGGGUGGCAUACAAGGCCGCUUAUUGCCACCUCGGCUUGGCAGCUCGCCACCACCGAGUGAAGAUUGCGAGUUAUCACACCCGAAUUAGAAAGCCAAUUCCAAGUGUGUAACUGUAAUUGUAUCUUUCUGCUUUUCUACUAGUUCUUGUAGGGCAGUUUUUUUUUUCAAUGGGAGUCUUCGUAAUUUUCAAGGUUGGAUCAUAUGGAAAGGCAUACAUUGUUUU